ACACAUUGGCUGCUGAGAAACAAAGAAAGAUAGCAAAUUUCUGAGGCUGAGCUGAGGUGACCUCAUCUCAUCCACGGAAAUCCUCUCCAUCCCCCUACCUACCAAUUUUUCUACCAAUUUCUCAGGAGAGAACCCCCCCUUCCCAUCGCCGAUGGCCGCCGCACGCCGCUGAGCCGCCACCACCAACGGCCUGGCCUAUCAGCGACCAGGCGCCCGCGAUGGUCGCGGAGGCUGCGCCGUCCUCCUCGGCGGCGAUCUGGUCACACCGCCGCGACGAGAUCACCUUCGACCGCCUCCACAAGUUUUGGAGUGCCUUGUCUCCUCAUGCACGGCAUGAGCUGCUCAGACUUGAUAAACAGACGCUGAUCGAGCAUGCUCGCAAGAACCUGUACUGUUCAAGGUGCAAUGGGCUGCUUUUGGAAAGUUUCACACAAAUAGUAAUGUAUGGGAAGUCACUGCAUCAAGAAGGUUCAGGUGAGCCAAAGAUUCAGGAAGUUGAAUCAGAAGAAGUUCAGGACCCAUCAGUUCAUCCUUGGGGAGGCCUUUCAACAACAAAGGAUAGCAUCCUAACUCUUGAUGAUUGCUUCAUAAAUGCAAAGUCUCUUCAUGUGCUCCAGAAUGUAUUUGACAAUGCACGUGCGAGGGAACAUGAGCGUGAAAUGUUUUACCCUGAUGCAUGUGGUGGGGGUGGCAGAGGAUGGAUUAGCCCAGUGAUACCUAACUAUGGCAGGGGGCAUGGAACACGAGACACAUGUGCGUUGCACACUGCACGUCUUUCUUGUGAUACCCUGGUGGAUUUUUGGUCAGCACUUGGUGAAGAAACUAAAUCAUCUCUUUUAAGGAUGAAGGAAGAGGACUUCAUUGAAAGACUCAUGCAUAGGUUUGACAGAAAGAGAUUUUGCAGAGACUGCAGAAGGAAUGUUAUUCGUGAAUUCAAGGAGCUGAAGGAACUAAAGCGCAUGCGAAGGGAACCUCGCUGCACUAGUUGGUUCUGUGUCGCAGAUACAGCAUUCAAGUGUGAGGUGUUCGAGGAUGCUGUUCUUGUUGAUUGGCACCAAUCUUUAUUGGAACAAGAUGGAUCUUACCAUCAUUUUGAGUGGGCUAUUGGAACAGGUGAAGGAAAAUCUGAUAUUCUAGACUUUGAAGAUGUGGGAAUGAAUGGGCAAGUCCACAGGAAAGGCCUCGAUCUUGAUCAGUUUGAAGACUAUUUUGUUACACUGAGAGCAUGGAGGCUGGAUGGCCGCUGUACAGAGUUCUGUGUGAAGGCCCAUGCCUUGAAGGGCCAAUCAUGUGUUCACCGCAGGCUGAUUGUGGGGGAUGGACUCGUGACAAUUAUGAAACGUGAAAGUAUUAGAGGUUUUUUUGAGCAUGCUGAAGAAGCAGAGGAAGAGGAUGAAGAUGAUGCAAUUGACAGAGAUGGGAAUGACCCUGACAGUGAUGCCACUCAUCCACAGAAGCAUGCUAAGAGCCCUGAACUUGCAAGAGAAUUUCUCCUGGAUGCUGCUGCAGUGAUCUUCAAAGAACAGGUUGAGAAGGCCUUCAGAGAAGGCACCGCCCGGCAAAAUGCACAUAGUGUAUUUGUGUCCCUUGCACUAAAACUGUUGGAAGAACGAGUUCAUGUUGCUUGCAAAGAAAUUAUUACAUUGGAAAAACAGACCAAGCUUCUUGAGGAAGAAGAGAAAGAAAAGCGUGAAGAAGAAGAGCGCAGGGAGAGGAGGAGAACAAAAGAGAGAGAGAAGAAGCAUAGAAGAAAAGAGAGGCUGAAAGGAAAGGAAAGAGACAAGGAAAAAUCGCUAGUUCAAUCAAAUGUUUCAGAUGAUAUUUCACCAUCAUCUCUGAACAACUUAGCAGCACCAAGUAAUAAUGAGUUGCAAGAUAUUUUAGCCUCCAGAUAUUCAUGUAGCGAAGAAGAAGAUAAUGUUGUGGUCAGGGAACAUUACUCUCCUGAUACCUCUGUUGCUCAAUCUUCAAGCAGGGAAAUUGAUGGAAAAAGCAAUGAGCACGAAUGCAGUACAACAGCAGAUUUUGUUCCCACAGAUUGCAAUAGCUCAUUCUUAUGUGAGGAGUCUAAAUCAAGAAAAAACCUGAGAUUUAGAAGAGAUUUGCCUCAAGAACAAGCCUCCAGUUAUUGGUAUGAAGAUCGCCAAGAUGACUCUGGGGGCAUAGGAGAUAUUCAGCAACAGUCAAGGGAGAGGACAAGGAAUACCACUAGAGGCUACAGCACUGUAUUCAGUACAAAUAACCGAACAAGAGAUAGGUACAAGCCUUGCAGUUGUGGCCAUCAGGAAGAUUACAGAUAUUUUUCCACAACAGCUAGACCGAGUAGGGAGAUGAAGAUGGCCAGGAAAGCAGUGGUUGAGAAGCUCAGGUUGCAAUACCGCAGGUGCUAUCCUUUGGACAGCUUCAUAGUGUCGAAAGGAGGUCGUGUUGGUGGUACACCAAACAAGAAUGCAGGCCCGAAGCAAGUAUGGGAGCCAAUGGAUACAAGAAAGAAAGCCAGCUUAGGGAAUGGGAAUAAUGCUGCUGGGACAGCUGAUGAUACCAAUCGAUCCAAUCAAGUGGAAUGCUCAAAGGAUAUCAAUGAAUGCCAAAAGCCUGAGAAAGUGUGUGAACCACUUGCUGAGGUUUGUUCUGAGAGAUCUGAGGAAGCUUGUAGGUCAGACACAGAUGAGCCAUGCAAAGAAAGUGAGAAGAAUCAACCUGCUUGCAAUGAUGGAUCUCAUGUGGUGGACAAGCCCGACUGCUGCUUGACCAAGGAUGCUGGUAGGAUGGCAAACCUAACCAGUUCGGACAGCUCUUCAUGUCUAAGUCAGGGAGAUAGGGAUAGCAGCAUGAGUAGCAUGACCUCAUUGAGUGCUCAGAACGCGGAAUCUUCAUCUACAUCUGAUUCAGAAGAAUCUUCAGAAAGGAACAAUAGCAACCCAGGUGAUCCGCCAACAAAGAAUGCUUCUCGUUCAUUGCUUGAGAUGUGCGCAGGAAAUGGUUUCAGAGAGUACCAACCAAAAGGCAUUCACCCUCCAGAUGGCCACCAAUUCGGGUUCAAUGUGGCCCCUAUCCAGGACCAGAUGUUGCAUCAUCAAAAGGUGCAUGCACCACCAUACUCGUCAGCAUUCUUGGGGUUCCACAGUCAUCCCUUGCCAGUUCCAACAAAUGGAUACAUACCAUAUCCUCAGCCUGCCCACUUCUACCCUAGCUCUGUGGCCCCUGUUGGAUAUGGAGUUGCUGGGAACCAAUGUGUCGACUUUCCAAUGCAGUACAACAAUGUUCAUCCGUACUCAGGUCCUGAAUUUAGUUAUGUGCCUUCGCAGCCAGUCCACAAGGCUCCAGUGAGCUUUCAUGCCGUGCCACCAACCCCGUUGUGUAGAAAUGGGGUGCCGGUGAUCAUAAGUCCAGACAUGCAGCAGAACCAUGCCUUCCCUCCUAAAUUAAAUCAGGCAGUUCCCAAGAAUGGCUAUUCAGAAGACAACACCAAACAGAAAGAUGAUGACAGCACACCAUUCUCCUUGUUCCAAUUCAACCUACCAAUAGCCCCUCCCGCCCCGGCAACAUCCAAAGAAGAGCAGAGUAGGGGAGCAUUGGUGUCGAUACUGCCGGUAGCUCAACCCCAGCCCUGCUCAAGGGAGGAGACAAACAUCAAGGAGUAUAACCUGUUCUCCGGGUGUAAGGGGGUAAUAUUCCCAUUCAUCUAGACAAGAAAGUCAGCAGCUAUUCAAUACAGCAAUAUUUGGCGAGUUAUUUGUAUUCCCCGAAAAACAGAAUAAAUUAGCUCGAGGAUUUUACUGUUGCCCUCGAAUAUUUAUUCCUUUUUAUUUGCUUUGCUUCCCCUUUGUGUGUAUGGAAACUGGAAAGAUAGUGAGUGGUAUAGGUUCAGCAGUUUUGACAUCUGAAUCAGUUAAUCUCGGUUGUUUUAUUUUGACA